AAUGCAAAGACAAUAUAUUUUUGAAGAUGGUAGCAUUUAUGAAGGAUAAUGGGGGAAUAACAAAUAGAAUGGUUAAGGUAAAUAGAUCUAUUCUGAUGGGAGUACUUAUGAUGGAAAUUGGAAUAAUGGUAUGAAGAAUGGGAAAGGGACUUAUUAAUAUUCUGAUGGUAGCUAAUAUUCUGGAAUGUGGAAAGAUGAUUAAAAGCAUGGCUUAGGGAAAUAUAAAUAUAAAGAUGGAAGUUAUUAUGAUGGAUAAUGGCAUAAUAAUGUUUAACAAGGAGAAGGAAAACAUGUUAAUAUUGAUAAUAGUUAAUAUGAGGGAUAAUGGUUUAAUGGAAAGAAACAUGGACAAGGUAGAUAUUAUUAUGCUGAUGGAAGUUUUUAUGAAGGAAAAUGGGAAAAUGGUUAGAAGAAUGGAUUGGGGAAAAUGUAAUAUAAAAAUGGAAGUUUUUAUAAAGGAUUAUGGAAGAAUGAUUAAAAGAAUGGAAAAGGAAUUUAUAAGUAAUAAGAUCGAAGUUGUUAUGAAGGAGAAUGGGUGAAUAAUAAGUAAAAUGGUUUUGGUAAACAAACAUACUAAGAUGGGAGUAUUUAUGAAGGUGAUUGGAUUGAAGCUUAGAAAAAUGGUAAUGGCAAAUAUAAAUAUCCUGAUGGUAGUUAUUAUAAUGGAUAAUGGAAAGAUGGAUUAAAGCAUGGAUUUGGAAAAUAUAAAUUUACUGAUGGAAGUUCAUAUGAAGGAGAAUGGGAUAAUAAUGUACAACAUGGUCAAGGAGUUUUUAUAUAGCAAGGAAUGUAUUAAAAAGGUAUUUGGUUUAAUGGAAUGUUGACUGAUAUAAUAAGUUGUACUAAAUCUAGAAAUAGCGUUGAAAUUUGAA